UGCACGAACAGAUGUAACGACGGCCAAUACUGAUGUAGGAACAGAUGUAACGACGGCCACUACUGGUACAAAGACAGAUGUAACGACGGCCGCAUCUGGUGUAGGAACAGAUGUAACGACAGUGACUACUGGAAAAGAAACAGAUGUAACGACGGCUACUAGUGGUACUGAAAGAGAUGUAACGACGGCCACUACUGGGACAGAAACAGAUCUAAUGACUGCCACUACUGGUACAGAAACAGAAGUAACGACGAUCACAACUAGUGCAGUAACAGAUGUAACGACGGCCACUACUGAUGUAGGAACAGAUGUAACGACAGCCACUACUGGUACAGAAACUGAUGUAACGACGGUCACUACUAGUACAAAAACAGAUGUAACGACGGCCACUACUGGUACAGAAACAGAUGUAACGACGGCCACAUUUGGUGCAGUAACAGAUGUAACGACGGCCGCCACUGGUACAGAAACAGAUGUAACGACGACAACAACUAGUGCUGGAACAGAUGUAUCGACGGCCACUACUGAUGUAGGAACAGAUGAAACGACGGUUACUACUGGUACAGAAACAGAUGUAACGACAUCCACUACUGGUACAGAAACAGAUGUAACGACGGCCGCAUCUGGUGCAGGAACAGAUGUAACGACGUCCACUACUGGUACAGAAACAGAUGUUACGACGGCCGCAUCUGUUGCCGGAACAGAUGUAACGACGGUCUCUACUGGUACAGAAACAGAUGUAACGACGACAACAACUAUUGCAGGAACAGAUGUAUCGACGGCCACUUCUGAUGUAGGAACAGAUGAAACGAAGGUUACUACUAGUACAGAAACAGAUGUAACGACGGCCACUACUGUUACAGAAACAGAUGUAACGACUGUCACUACUGGUAUAGAAACAGAUAUAACUACGACAACAACUAGUGCAGGAACAGAUGUAACGACGGCCACUACUGCUGUAGGAACGGAUGAAACGACGGUUACUACUGGUACAGAAACAGAUGUAACGACAUCCACUACUGGUACAGAAAUAGAUGUAACGACGGCCACUACUGGUACAGAAAUUGAUGUAACGACGGCCGCAUCAGGUGCAGGAACAGAUGUAACAACUGCCGAUACUGGUACAGAGACAAUGGUAACGACGGCUACUAAUGGUACAGAAAUAGAUGUAACGACUGCCACUAGUGGUACAGAAAUAGAUGUAACGACGACCACAACUAGUGAAGGAACAGAUGUAACGACGGCCACUACUGGUACAGAAACAGAUGUAACGACUGCCAUUACUGGUACAGAAACAGAUUUAACGUCGGCCGCAUCUGAUGUAGGAACAGAUGUAACGACAGCCACUACUGGAACAGAAACAGAUGUAACGACGGCCACUUCUGGUACAGAAACAGAUGGAACGACAUCCACUACUGGUACAGAAAUAGAUGUAACGACGGCCACUACUGGUACAGAAAUUGAUGUAACGACGGCCGCAUCUGGUGUAGGAACAGAUGUAACGACGACCACUACUGGAACAGAAACAGAUGUAACGACGGCCACUACUGGUACAGAAACAGAUGUAACGACGGCCUCUACUGGGGCACAAACAGAUUUAACGACUGCCACUACUGGUACAGAAACAGAUGUAACGACGACCACAACUAGUGCAGGAACAGAUGUAACGACGGCCACUACUGAUGUAGGAACAGAUGUAACGACGGCCACAACUGAUACAGAAACUGAUGUAACGACGGCCACUACUAGUACAGAAACAGAUGUAACGACGGCAACUACUGGUACAGAAACAGAUUUAACGACGGCCGCAUCUGGUGCAGGAACAGAUGUAACGACGGCCGCCACUGGUACAGAAACAGAUGUAACGACGGCUACUACUGGUACAGAAACAGAUGUAACGACGGCCACUACUGGUACAGAAUCAAAUGUAGCGACUGCCAGUACUGGUACAGAAACAGAUGUAACGACGACAACAACUACUUCAGAAACAGAUGUAAUGACAGCCACUACUGAUGUAGGUACAGAUGUAUCGACGGCCACUACUGAUGUAGGAACAGAUGAAACGACGGUUAUUACUAGUACAGAAACAGAUGUAACGACGGCCACUACUGGUACAGAAGCAGAUGUAACGACGGCAACUUCCGGGCCAGAAAGAGAUGUAACGACGGCCACUACUGGUACAGACACAGAUGUAACGACGGUUACUACUGGCACAGAAACAGAUGUAACGACGGCCACUACUGAUGUAGGAACAGAUAAAACGACGGUUGCUACUGGUACAGAAACUGAUAUAACGACGGCCAUUACUGGUACAGAAACAGAUGUAACGACGACCACAACUAGUGCUGGAACAGAUGUAACGACGGCCACUACUGAUGUAGGAACUGAUGAAACGACGGUUACUACUGGUACAGAAACAGAUGUAACGACAUCCACUACUGAUACAGAAACAGAUGUAACGACGGCCGCAUCUGGUGCAGGAACAGAUGUAACGACGGCCACUACUGGUACAGAAACAGAUGUAACGACGGCCGCAUCUGGUGCAGGAACAGAUGUAACGACGGCCGUCACUGGCACAGAAACAGAUGUAACGACGGCUACUACUGGUACAGAAACAGAUGUAACGACGGCCAUUACUGGUACAGAAUCAAAUGUAGCGACUGUUACUACUGGUACAGAAACAGAUGUAACGACGACAACAACUAGUUCAGAAACAGAUGUAAUGACAGCCACUACUGAUGUAGGUACAGAUGUAUCGACGGCCACUACUGAUGUAGGAACAGAUGAAACGACGGUUAUUACUAGUACAGAAACAGAUAUAACGACAGCCACUACUGGUACAGAAGCAGAUGUAACGACGGCCACUUCCGGGCCAGAAAGAGAUGUAACGACGGUCACUACUGGUACAGAAACAGAUGUAACGACGGUUACUUCUGGUACAGAAACAGAUGUAACGACGGCCACUAUUGAUGUAGGAACAGAUGAAACGACGGUUGCUACUGGUACAGAAACAGAUAUAACGACGGCCACUACUGGUACAGGAACAGAUGUAACGACGACCACAACUAGUGCAGGAACAGAUGUAACGACGGCCACUACUGAUGUAGGAACAGAUGUAACAACGGCCACUACAGGUACAGAAACAGAUGUAACGACGGCCGCAUCUGGUGUAGGAACAGAUGUAACGACGGCCAAUACUGGAACAGAAACAGAUGUAACGACGGCCACUACUGGUACAGAAACAGAUGUAACGAUGGCCACUACUGGGACACAAAUAGAUCUAACGACUACCACUACUGGUACAGAAACAGAUGUAACGACGACCACAACUAGUGCAGGAACUGAUGUAACGACGGCGACUACUGAUAUAGGAACAGAUGUAACGACGGCCACUACUGAUACAGAAACUGAUCUAAUGACGGCCACUACUAGUAUUGAAACAGAUGUAACGAUGGCAACUACUGGUACAGAAACAGAUUUAACGACGGCCGCAUCUGGUGCAGGAACAGUUGUAACGACGGCCGCCACUGGCACAGAAACAGAUGUAACGACGGCUACUACUGGUACAGAAACAGAUGUAACGACGGCCACUACUGGUACAGAAUCAAAUGUAGCGACUGUCACUACUGGUACAGAAACAGAUGUAACGACGACAACAACUAGUUCAGAAACAGAUGUAAUGACAGCCACUACUGAUGUAGGUACAGAUGUAUCGACGGCCACUACUGAUGUAGGAACAGAUGAAACGACGGUUAUUACUAGUACAGAAACAGAUGUAACGACGGCCACUUUUGGUACAGAAACAGAUGUAACGACGGCCUAUUCUGUUACAGAAAGAGAUGUAACGACGGCCACUACUGGUACAGAAACAGAUGUAACGACGGUUACUACUGGUACAGAAACAGAUGUAACGACGGCCACUACUGAUGUAGGAACAGAUGAGACGACGGUUGCUACUGGUGCAGAAACAGAUGUAACGACUGUCACUACUGGUACAGAAACAGAUGUAACGACGACCACAACAAGAACAGAUAUAACGACGGCCACUACUGGUACAGAAACAGAUGUAACGACGACCACAACUAGUUCAGAAACAGAUGCAAUGACAGCCACUAUUGAUGUAGGAACAGAUGAAACGACGUUUACUACUGGUACAGAAACAGAUGUAACGACGUCCGCAUCUGGUGCAGGAAAAGAUUUAACAACGUCCACUACUGAGACAGAUGUAACGACGGCUACUAAUGGUACAGAAAUAGAUGCAGCGACUGCCACUAGUGGUACAGAAACAGAUGUAACGACGACCACAACUAGUGAAGGAACAGAUGUAACGACGGCCACUAAUGGUACAGAAACAGAUGAAACGACUGCCAUUACUGGUACAGAAACAGAUUUAACGUCGGCCGCAUCUGAUUUAGGAACAGAUGUAACGACAGCCACUACUGGAACAGAAACAGAUGUAACGACGGCCACUACUGAUGUGGGAAUAUAUGAAACGACGGUUAAUACUGGAACAGAUAUAACGACGGCCACUACUGGUACAGAAACAGAUGUAACGACGACCACAACUAGUUCAGAAACAGAUGCAAUGACAGCCACUAUUGAUGUAGGAACAGAUGAAACGACGUUUACUACUGGUACAGAAACAGAUGUAACGACGUCCGCAUCUGGUGCAGGAAAAGAUUUAACAACGUCCACUACUGAGACAGAUGUAACGACGGCUACUAAUGGUACAGAAAUAGAUGCAGCGACUGCCACUAGUGGUACAGAAACAGAUGUAACGACGACCACAACUAGUGAAGGAACAGAUGUAACGACGGCCACUAAUGGUACAGAAACAGAUGAAACGACUGCCAUUACUGGUACAGAAACAGAUUUAACGUCGGCCGCAUCUGAUUUAGGAACAGAUGUAACGACAGCCACUACUGGAACAGAAACAGAUGUAACGACGGCCACUUCUGGUACAGAAAAAGAUUUAACGACGGCCGCUACUGUGACAGAAACAGAUCUAACGACGGCCACUUCUGGUACAGAAACAGAUGUAAUGACGACCACAACUAGUGCAGGAACAGAUGUAACGACGGCCACUACUGAUGUAGGAACAGAUGUAACAACGGCCACUACAGAAACAGAUGUAACGACGGCCACUUCUGGGACAGAAAGAGAUGUAACGACGACCACAACUAGUGCAGGAACAGAUUUAACGACGGCCAAUAUUGAUGUAGGAACAGAUGUAACGACGGCAACUUCUGGUACAGAGACAGAUGUAACGACGGCCGCAUCUGGUGUAGGAACAGAUGUAACGACGGUCACUACUGGAAAAGAAACAGAUUUAACGACGGCCACUACUGGUACAGAAACAGAUGUAACGACGAUCAAAACUAGUGCAGUAACAGAUGUAACGACGGCCACUACUGAUGUAGGAACAUAUACAACGACGGACACUACUGAUACAGAAACUGAUGUAACGACGGCCACUUCUAAAACAGAUGUAACGACGGCCGCAUCUGUUGCAGGAACAGAUGUAACGACUGUCCUUACUGAUAUAGAAACAGAUAUAACGACGACAACAACUAUUGCAGGAACAGAUGUAACGACGGCCACUACUGAUGUAGGAACAGAUGAAACGACGGUUACUACUGGUACAGAAACAGAUGUUACGACAGCCACUACUGGAACAGAUGAAACGACGGUAACUACUGGUACAGAAACAGAUGUAACGACGACCGCAUCUGGUGCAGGAACAGAUAUAACGACGUCCACUACUGGUACAGAAACAGAUGUAACGACGGCCGCAUCUGGUGCCGGAACAGAUGUAACGACGGUCACUACUGGUCCAGAAACAGAUGUAACGACGACAACAACUACUGGUACAGAAAUUGAUGUAACGACGGUCGAAUCUGGUGCAGGAACAGACGUAACAACGGCCACUACUGGUACAGAGACAGUGGUAACGACGGCUUCUAAUGAAACAGAUGUAACGACGACAACAACUAGUGCAGGAACAGAUAUAACGACGGCCACUACUGAUGUAGGAACAGAUGAAACGACGGUUACUACUGGUACAGAAACAGAUGUAACGACGGCCACUACUGAUGUAAAAACAGAUGAAACGACGGUUACUACUGGUACAGAAACAGAUGUAACGACGUCCACUACUGGUAUUGAAACAGAUGUAACGACGGCCGGAUCUGGUGCAGGAACAGAUAUGGCCACUACUGGUACAGAGACAGAUGUAACGACGGCUACUACUGGUACAGAAAUAGAUGUAACGACUGCCAAUACUGGUACAGAAACAGAUGUAACGACGACCACAACUAGUAAAGGAACAGAUGUAACGACUGCCAUUAUUGGUACAGAAACAGAUGUAACGACGGCCGCAUCUGAUGUAGCAACAAAUAUAACGACGGCCACUACUGUAACAAAAACAGAUGUAACGACGGCCACUACUGGUACAAAAACAGAUGUAACGACGGCCACUACUGUGACAGAAACAGAUCUAACGACUGCCACUAUUGGUACAGAAACAGAUGUAACGACGACCACAACUAAUGCAGGAACAGAUGUAACGACGGCAACUACUGAUGUAGGAACAGAUGUAACGAAAGCAACUACUGGUACAGAAAUUGAUGUAACGACGGCCAUUACUGGUACAGAAACAGAUGUAACGACGGCCGCAUCUGGUGCAGGAACAGAUGUAACGACGGCCGCCACUGGUACAGAAACAGAUGUAACGACGGCUACUACUGGUACAGAAACAGAUGUAACGACGACCACUACUGGUACAGAAACAGAUGUAACGACUGUCACUACUGGUACAGAAACAAAUCCAAUGACGACAACAACUAGUUUAGGAACAGAUGUAACGACGGCCACUAUUGAUGUAGGAACAGAUGAAACGACGGUUACUACUGGUACAGAAACAGAUGUAACGACGGCCACUACUGGUACAGAAACAGAUGUAACGACGGCCACUACUUUUACAGAAACAGAUGUAACGACGGCCGCAUCUAGUGCAGGCACAGAUGUAACGACGGCCACUACAGGUACAGAAACAGAUGUAACGACGGCCACUUCUGGUACAGAAACAGAUGUAACGACUGUCACUACUGGUACAGAAACAGAUGUAACGACGGCCACUGCUAGUACAGAAACAGAUGUAACGACGGCCGCAUCUGAAGUAGGAACAGAUGUAACGACGGCCACUAUUGGAACAGAAACAGAUUUAACGACUGUCACUACUGGUACAGAAACAGAUGUAACGACGGCAACUACUGGUACAGAAACAGAUGUAACGACUGUCACUACUUUUACAGAAACAGAUGUCAUGACGACAACAACUAGUGCAGGAACAGAUGAAUCGACGGCCACUACUGAUGUAGGAACAGAUGUAACGACUGUCACUACUGGUACAGAAACAGAUGUAACGACGACAACAACUAGUGAAGGAACAGAUGUAACGACGGCCACAACUGAUGUAGGAACAGAUGAAGCGACGGUUACUACUGGUACAGAAACAGAUGUAACGACGGCCACUACUGAUGUAGGAACAGAUAAAACGACGGUUACUACUGGUACAGAAACAGAUGUAACGACGUCCACUACUGGUACAGAAACAGAUGUAACGACUGUCACUACUGGUACAGAAACAGAUGUAACGACGACAACAACUAGUGAAGGAACAGAUGAAACGACGGCCACAACUGAUGUAGGAACAGAUGAAACGACGGUUACUACUGGUACAGAAACAGAUGUAACGACGGCCACUACUGAUGUAGGAACAGAUAAAACGACGGUUACUACUGGUACAGAAACAGAUGUAACGACGUCCACUACUGGUACAGAUACAGAUGUAACGACGGCCGCAUCUGGUGCAGGAACAGAUGUAACGACGGCCACUACUGGUACAGAAACAGAUGUCACGACGGCCACUACUGGUACAGGAAAAGAUGUAGCGACGGGCACUACUGGUACAGAAAUAGAUGUAACGAUGGCUACUACUGGUACAGAAAUAGAUGUAACGACUGCCACUACUGGUACAGAAACAGAUGUAACGACGACAACAACUAGUGAAGGAACAGAUGUGACGACGGCCACUACUGGUACAGAAACAGAUGUAACGACUGCCAUUAUUGGUACAGAAACAGAUGUAACGACGGCCGCAUCUGAUGAAGCAACAGAUGUAACGACGGCCACAACUGUAACAAAAACAGAUGUAACGACGGCCACUGAUGGUACAGAAACAGAUGUAACGACGGCCACUGCUGGUACAGAAACAGAUGUAACGACGGCCACUACUGAUGUAGGAUCAGAUGAAACGACUGUCACUAAUGGUACAGAAACAGAUGUAACGACGGCCGCAUCUGGUGCAGGAACAGAUGUAACGACGGCCACUACUAGAACAGAAACAGAUGUAACGACGGCCACUACUGGUACAGAAACAGAUAUAACAACUGUCACUACUGAUACAGAAACAGGUGUAACGACGACAGCAACUAGUGCAGGAACAGAUGUAUCGACGGCAACUACUGAUGUAGAAACAGGUGAAACGACGGUUACUACUAGUACAGAAACAGAUGUAACGAAGGCCCCUACUGGUACAGAAACAGAUGUAACGACUGUCACAACUGGAACAGAAACAGAUGUAACGACGGCCAUUACUGGUACAGAAACAGAUGUAACGACAGCCACUACUGGUAGAGUAAUAGAUGUAACGACGGCCAAUACUGGGACAGAAUCAGAUGUAACGAAUGCCACUACUUGUACAGAAACAGAUGUAACGACGAUAACAACUAGUGCAGGAACAGAUGUAACGACGGCAACUACUGAUGUAGCGACAGAUGAAACGACGGUUACUACUGGUACAGAAACAGAUGUAACGACGGCCUCUCCUGAUGUAGGAACAGAUGAAACGACGGUUACUACUGGUACAGAAACAGAUGUAACGACGGCCACUACUGAUGUAGGAACAGAUGUAACGAGGCUUACUACUGUUACAGAAACAGAUGUAACGACGACCACUACUGGCACAGAAACAGAUAUAACGACGGCCGCAUCUGGUGCAGGCACAGAUGUAACGACGGCCAUUACAGGUUCAGAAACAGAUGUAACGACGGCCACUACUGGUACAGAAAAAGAUGUAACGACGGCCACUACUGUGACAGAAACAGAUCCUACGACUGCCACUACUGAUACAGAAACAGACGUAACGACGACCAUAACUAGUGCAGGAAUAGAUGUAACGACGGCCACUACUGUUGUAGGACCAGAUGAAAAGACGGUUACUACUGGUACAGAAACAGAUGUAACGACGGCCACUACUAGUACAGAAACAGAUAUAACGACGGCCACUACUGGGACAGAAACAGAUCUAACGACAGCCACUACUGGUACAGAAACAGAUGUAACGACGACCAUAACUAGUGAAGGAACAGAUGUAACGGCUGCCAUUACUGGUACAGAAACACAUGUAACGACGGCCGACUCUGGUGCAGGAACAGAUGUAACGACGGCCGCCACUGGUAAAGAAACAGAUGUAACGACGGCUUCUACUGGUACAGAAACAGAUGUAACGACUCUCACAACUGGUACAGAAACAGAUGUAACGACGACAAGAACAAGUGCAGGAACAGAUGUAACGACGGCCACUACUGAUCUAGGAACAGAUGAAACGACGGUUACUACUGGUACAGAAACAGAUGUAACGACGGCCACUACUGGUACAGAAACAGAUGUAACGACGGCCGCAUCUGGUGCAGGAACAGAUGUAACGACGGCCACUACUGGUACAGAAAGAGAUGUAGCGACGGCCACCACUGGUACAGAAACAGAUGUAACGACUGACAUUACUGGUACAGAAACAGAUGUAACGACGGCCGCAUCUGAUGUAGGAACAGAUGUAACAACGCCCACUAUUUGGACAGGAACAGAUCUAACGACUGCCACUGAUGGUACAGAAACAGAUGUAACGACGGCCACUGCUGGUACAGAAACAGAUGUAACGACGGCCACUACUGAUGUAGGAUCAGAUGAAACGACUGUCACUAAUGGUACAGAAACAGAUGUAACGACGGCCGCAUCUGGUGCAGGAACAGAUGUAACGACGGCCACUACUAGAACAGAAACAGAUGUAACGACGGCCACUACUGGUACAGAAACAGAUAUAACAACUGUCACUACUGAUACAGAAACAGAUGUAACGACGACAGCAACUAGUGCAGGAACAGAUGUAUCGACGGCAACUACUGAUGUAGAAACAGGUGAAACGACGGUUACUACUAGUACAGAAACAGAUGUAACGAAGGCCCCUACUGGUACAGAAACAGAUGUAACGACUGUCACAACUGGAACAGAAACAGAUGUAACGACGGCCAUUACUGGUACAGAAACAGAUGUAACGACAGCCACUACUGGUAGAGUAAUAGAUGUAACCACGGCCGCAUCUGAUGCAGGAACAGAUGUAAUGACGGCCACUACUGGUACAGAGACAGAUGUUACGACGGCUACUACUGGUACAGAAAUAGAUGUAACGACUGUCACUUCGAGUACAGAAACAGAUGUAACGACGACCACAACAAGUGAAGGAACAGAUGUAACGACGGUCACUACUGGUACAGAAACAGAUGUAACUAGUGCAGGAACAGAUGUAACGACUGCCACUACUGAUGUAGGGACAGAUGUAACGACGGCCACAUCUGGUGCAGGAACAGAUGUAACCACGGCCGCUACUGGUACAGGAACAGAUGUAACAACGGCCACUACUGGUACAGAAACAGAUGAAACGACGACCGCAUCUGGUACAGGAACAGAAGUUACAACGGCAACUACUGGUACAGGAACAGAUGCAACGACGGCUAGUUCUGGUGUAGGAACGGAUGUAACGACGACCACUUCUGGUGCUGUAACAGAUGUAACGACGGCCAUUUCUGGUACAGGAACAGAUGUUACGACGGCCACUUCUGGUGCAGAAACAGAUGUAACGACUGCCACUACGGAUGCAAGAACAGAUGUUACGACGGCCACUACUGGUACAGGAACAGAUGUAUCGACGACCACUUCUAGUGCAGGGACUGAUAUAACGACGACCACUACUGGUGCAGGAACAAAUGUAACGACGGCCACAUCUAAUGCAGGAACAGAUGUAACGACGGCCACAUCUGGUAUAGGAACAGAUUCAACGACUGCCACAUCUGGUGCAGGAACAGAUUCAACGACGGUCACUACUAGUGCAGGAACAGAUGUAACGACGACCACUUCUGAUGGAGGAACAAGUGUAACGACGGCCACUUCUGAUGCAGGAACAGAUGUAACGACGGCAACUACUGGUGCAGGAACAAAUUUAACGACGACCACCUCUGGUGCAGAAACAGAUGUAACGACGGCCACAUCUGGUGCAGGAACAGAUCUAACGACGACCACUACUGGUGCAGGAACAGAUGUAACGACGGCCAUAUCUGGUGUAGGAACAGAUGUAACGACGACAACUACUGGUGCAGGAUUAGAUGUAACGACGGCCAUUUCUGGUGCAGUCACAACGACGGCUGUGUCUACAACAACCGCAACGACGUCUGCCCCCACAACAACCACAGCGACGUCUGCCCCUACAACAACCACACCGACGUCUGCUGCUACAACAACCACAACGACGUCUGCCCCCACAACAACCACAACGACGUCUGCCCCCACAACAACCACAGAGACGUCUACCCCUACAACAACCACAACGACGUCUGCCCCUACAACAACCACAACGACGUCUGCCCCCACAACAACCACAACGACGUCUGCCCCCACAACAACCACAGCGACGUCUGCCCCUACAACAACCACAACGACGUCUGCCCCUACAACAACCACAACGACGUCUGCCCCCACAACAACCACAACGACGUCUGCCCCCACAACAACCAUAGCGACGUCUGCCCCUACAACAGCCACAACGACGUCUGCCCCUACAACAACCACAACGACGCCUGCCCCUACAGCAAUCACAUUGACGUCUGCACCCACAAAAACCACAACGACGUUUGCCUCCACAACAACCACAACGAUUUCUGCCCCCACAACAAGCACAACGACUUCUUCCCCUAAAACAACCACUACGACGCCUGCUCCUACAACAAGCACAACGACGUCUGCCCCCUCAGCAACCACAACGACGUUUGCCUCUACAACAACCACAACGACUUCUGCCCCCACAACAACCACAACUACUUCUUCCCCUAUAACAACCACUACGACGCCUGAUACUGACAUUACGCAAGCUGGUCCAAACGGAAAGCAGACUUCGACAAGUGUUACUACAUCUUCGCCGUCGACUAGUAUUUCAACGACUACGACUCCAUUGCGAACAGGCUUUCUGCAUGCGUUCGGCAAUCAAAACGGCGACUCGCGUAUUAAUGCAGUCGCUGGAAUCAACGGUAUGGCGGGAGACGACGCAAUAUAUGGACCUAUCGAAACACCAAUUGGAUUUGCGUGUGAAUGCUCCUGGUUCAGAAAAGUUUACGUGUCUGUCAACGGGUUUGUGAUGCUGGGCUCCCUCUGGCUUGCUGCGCCUCCCCGAGCACCCAACAUUACCAGUCAAAAUCUGCCCACAACCAUAAUAGCUCCAUUAUGGACGGAUAUGAGGAUGGGUGCAAACAGCAACAUCUGGGUGCAUUCUUACUAUCUGUACACAACAAAUGGGACCCAGUGGUCAGCGGAUAUGACAACAAUUAAUAGCUACCUCGACACGUAUUUGCCCAAUGUCACACGUUUCCAGCCAAUACAGGCAGUUGCAGUUACUUGGGAAAAGAUGCUUCCUUUAGAUUCGAAUACUGAAGAGAUCACAGUCCAAUUAUUGUUGAUUACCGACGCAGUUCGCACAAUCGCGGUAUAUGCCUACGGACGUAGUACAUGGAGCAUUAGCGCACUUGUUCGACGUCCGGCCGCCAUGGCCUGGCGAUGUGCGAAUAGCACCAGUUUUUAUGAAAAUGUCUUAUCAAGAAAGACUGAACUUUAUAAACAGGCAUUUUCUGAAACGAAUUCAGACACUCAGGGCGUGUGGAAGUUCUACACUGACUACUGUCCCAGUACCUACAACAACACGCGCAAUGCAUGCUUCAAAUGGUAUAAAGAAGAGUCACAAAACUCAACACUUCUCUCAACAAUUGAUCGCCUAAACAGUGGGACGCCUAACUGUCCGUGUAAUGUUGACAGCGUCUCUUCCGAUAAGAGAUUUAUGAAGAAUACCGUUGGUGCAGGGCUGUGCUAUGCUACUAUAUUUCCAACGGAUGGUGUGUUUGGUAACAGGCUGUGUUGCUAUGAGCAGGGCGGACCCUCCAACGGAAGUUUGAUCACACGUCUGCCUGGUGGUGGAUUUAUGGCACUGUACAAUCCAAUAAGAUCAUCUGAUCGAUAUCAGAAGUUCGAUUAUGAGCCAUAUAUUCUCUGCUGUGUUAGUUCGAACCUGUGUUCCCUGUUUACUUCGUUGCGACCCACUGAUAACUGCACCUCAUAUACUCCUCCUACCCCAGGAUUCUGCUAUGGUGAUCCUCAUAUUAGAACUCUUGACCAACGAGAUUACACCUUCAAUGGACUCGGUGAAUACAUCCUAUUCCAGAUAUAUGACAUUAAUGCUUCUAGACACGUAUUCCAAUUGCAAGGGCGAACUGAAGUUGUCACGUCAGCUACGAACUCGUCCAACCGACUAAAUGCCACCGUGUUUGCAGCGUUCGCAGCAGAGGAUAAAAUACACGGAGGAUAUUUUCACGUAGAAAUAAAUUUAAAGAAAGAUGGUUUCAUUAUAUACAGUGACACGUUCAACAAAGCUGUUGAUUGUAGUCUACAAUUUCUGUCCAGUACUCAACCAAUCAUGUAUUCAAAUGUAGCAAUUCAAAAGAAUAGCAACACAAGCAUGGAUAUAUCUCUUACAAAUGGCAUAACAGUUAACGUGAAACUUUCGGAGGGAUUACUUGAUUUGUCAAUGACAAUUCCACCGGUGUACAAGUUAAGCAUGUACCGAUCGACCGGUCUCUAUGGUAACAACGACGGGGAUUCAAAUAACGAAUUUAAUCUUCCGGACGGCACAGUGCUGCCCAACAACAUGACUGACCGCAUGAUCCACAACUAUGCUGAACAGUGGAAUGUCACCUCACAAACCAGACUGUUCCAUUAUAGCACUGGGAAACCCAUUAGUGCCACAGCUGAUCCCACAUUUUAUCCAAUAUUCUUGGACGAAAUUCCAAAAUCAAACUUAACGGAAGCUAUGAAGGUCUGUGGGGGUGAAGCGUCGAACAUCCCUUGUUUGUUCGACUUCAUAGCUACUUUGAAUGCAAAACUGGCUGCUAACACGAAUGCAGCAACAAAAGAAUCAGAGUUUAUCGCGCUGAAAGCUGGCAAUACUGCAACAUCUGCUCAGUUUGUGAACCCAGUUAGGUAUUUAAGUGCUACAGUCAACGAAACUGUUAUUAUAAGCUACAAAGCCAGCGACCCAGAUAGUGAUAACAUCACUUUGUUCUUCGAAGGACCAACCCGAAAAAAUAAAACUGGAUUCCAGAAUGUGUCAGACAGCUAUACAUGGACACCAUUAAAUACAACUCCAGUGAAUAUAAGUGUGUUUGCCCGUGACGAUUUGUCGCAGUCGUCCGUACAGUUCCUGUCGGUUCUGAUAUGCUCGGGCUGCAGUGGGAAUGGUGUCUGUAAUUUCGAUCACGAGGUUGCACGGGAAGUCACGUGCAAGUGCAAUAUAGGAUGGGGAGGCCCAGCCUGCAAUGUGGACAUAAAUGGGUGCGAGGGAAACCCCUGUCCGAUUGGUUCUAAGUGCAUCGACAUCACCCCUCAACAACAGCAGUCUGUGCAGACUGGGUACAGGUGCAGUUGUCAACAAGGCUACAUAAAUGAAGGGUCAAAGUGUUUAGAUAUCGACGAAUGCCAGCGGACGCCCAGUCCGUGUGCUCAGAUCUGUACGAACACCGAGGGGUCGUAUACGUGUUCCUGUAGGUCAGGUUACGCGUACGAUGCAGGAGACAAAACAUGUAAUGAUUUGGACGAGUGCAGAACAGGACUCACGGGCUGUCAGCAGAAGUGCAUCAACCUGCCCGGAAGUUACAGAUGUGAUUGUCAGGCCAACCACACCCUCCAGGCAGACGGCAGGACGUGCAAACAGGAUGUUACCCUCGAGCAGCUGUGUAUCGCAAAAAAAUGUCAACAUGGAUGUCAGGGAUCGCAAGCAGACGUCAAAUGUUUUUGUAACACAGGCUUCUCCCUAGCGUCUGAUUCCAUCUCAUGUAAUGACAUAAAUGAAUGUGACAAAAACCCAUGCUCCCAGAAAUGCAGCAACCUCGAUGGAGCAUUCCUCUGUUCUUGCUACGAUGGAUUUAAAUUGUCCACAGACAAGAUUUCGUGUGAACCUUGUCGGGAGGGCACGUGGGGCACAAAUUGCUCGAACGCGUGCAUCUGUAUUCACGCGGUGUCCUGUGACAGCGUUAAGGGCUGCGUGUGCCAAGCAGGUUGGUACGGCACCCAGUGCAACAUGAACGUGAACGAAUGUGUGAGGAACCCGUGCACAGCGGUGCAAACCUGUGUGGACACAGACGGCUCGUAUACUUGUGAUUGUGUCGAUGGCUUCCAAAAACUAGAUAACGAAACUUGUGAGAAUAUAAACGAGUGUAUCCUGGGUGGUAAUAACAAAUGUGAUCCGGAUCGCAGCACGUGCAUUGACUUGUCUCCUGGAUACAGCUGCUCCUGCUCUAAAGGAUACAUCGCCAAUGGCGACAAAUGUGACGAUAUCGACGAGUGUGCCACCAAGCACGACUGCGAGCACACUUGCAUUAACGUGGUGGGCAACUAUAACUGUAAAUGCUUCGUGGGAUACAUAUUACAAGACAACCGCCGAACGUGUAUCGCAUCGUCAGAUAGAUGCGCAGGACACCAAAACGGACUGAACUUUACUUCAUGUACAACCAUGAAUUUCCAUGGGUGCAUGCUCAAUGAUUCUGGAGAUGCUGUUUGCUUCUGUCGUAAAGGAUUUGAUAAUUCAGGAAACGGGUGUAUUGAUACGGACGAGUGUGCUGGUAAUGGGGGCCGGGGAGUGUGUAAGGUGAAGUGCUUAAAUCUGCCGGGAAGUUUCUUAUGUUCGUGCAACAAUGGAGAAAGACUUCUUAGCGAUGGAAUCUCGUGCGAAGCGUGUAAUACAACUGACACAUGGGGUUCCAGCUGUGAGAACAAAUGUUCAUGCGGGCAAGGAGCGCUCUACUGUGACUCUAUUGACGGCUGUCAAUGUAGAACGGGUUGGAAUGGCACAAAAUGUGAUGUCGAUAUUAAUGAAUGCUUGACCAAUCCGUGUGGAAACAAUCAGAACUGCAUGAAUACAUUUGGUUCAUAUUAUUGUGAGUGCAAUACAGGAUACCACAGGAAUGUAUCAAAUAAGUGCGAAGAUGUUGACGAAUGCAGCUCACCGACGAAAAACUAUUGCUCGCAACGCUGUGACAACAAUAUGGGUUCUUACACAUGUGCUUGUCGUCAAGGUUUCCAAUUCGCACCAGGAUCAAACAGAGAGUGCAUCAAUAUAAAUGAGUGUAACGGUGCACAUGGUUGUGAACAUGGAUGCCUGGAUAACGAAGGCAACUACCAGUGUUACUGCCGCCAGGGAUUCAGAUUGGAGUCCGACAAUAAAUCUUGCCGGAAAGAUGAAACCCAAGUGGACCCUUGCAGUACAUUCAACACCACGUGUGGCUAUGGGUGUGUAACGGUGAACGGCUCGCCUCGCUGUUUCUGCCCUGCGAAUUUCAAGCUCAAUCCUGAGGACAACUCAACCUGUCUUGAGCUGAAUAACAAACUGUGGGUGAAACUGGUCCUUUCUUUGCCAUAUGAUGUUAAGCUCCAGUCAAACACCUCAGUCGAGUUCAAGAAUAAUGCAAGUGAUUUGAGUUCAGGGCUGAAGAGAGCAUAUUCAAACCUGCCGGGGGUUGUGGAUAUUGGGAUAUUUGCAAUCUUGCCGGAGUUUGUUGUUCUCCAUACGGUCCUUUUUAACAAGGAUAACAUUACGGAUACAGACGUGACCGCGCUGGCAAGCCUAUUGCGAUUCAUACGCUAUGACCAAGGAUAUAUCGCCAUAUAUCAAACGAAUACAUCCAUUGUCCAGGAGCCUUCUAUUGCGAAUACGCUGUCGGGACCAUUCCGUAUCGUGACGUGCUUGGUCUGUUCACACACCUGCUUGCUGUUAAACGUAACCAGGGAUACGUACCUAUGUGAAUCGUUACCAGAUUUUAAUAUGUCUGCCAGAAUAGAGAUACAAAUGCAGAAAAUCUACAUACCAGCUUACGGUUCCAAAACAUCGCGAGGGUACUCUGCUCUUAGAGCCGCUGUAGUCUCCUCGUUCAUAUCAUUGUUCGGAUCACUGCCAGGGUAUGCAGGUAUUUCGGAUAUUACGUUCAGUGAAGGCGCGAUGUCUCAGGGUCGCCAGAUGCAGGUCCGCACACACAUUCUCUUCAACUCAACGGUGACGUCUGCCCAGAAAACCGACAUAGCAAGCAGACUGGUUGCCCUGGAGACGCAGAAAUGUGUGUUCCUGGAUGACGAAUGUGUGCUGUUAGUCGGUCAGUCGCGGAUAAUAGGGACGGAUGGACCAAUUAUAGCGGUUUGUCAGACAUGUAAAGCUGACCAAGAGUGCCGUUUAGGUAUCAGAGACCGUUAUGACUGCGUACCACUGACGCAAGUUACGCCAACAUCUAAAAGCAUAGAGAACUUCGACUUGCUGCUAGGACUGGGUUUAGGCGUACCAUUGUUCAUUCUGUCUGUUUUCCUGCUGUUCGUCUGCUUCCUGUUCUGUCUCCGCCGACGCCGACAGUCUUGGACCAGACAGUCACUGUCUUCUGAAAAUUCCGACCCUUACAAUGUCCGCCCCGCGUUUGGCUCAGUGAGUUCCGAGUUAAGCGGGCGCAACAACGCGAGCGGCCCUUUCUCGCGGCGCUACAAGGAAAACUGGGAGGCAUUCCCGGAAGAGGACGAAAACAUUUCAUACUACAGGGAUCCGCUACUAAUACCGGCACCUUACAUACCCAUAUACCCUUCCUUGGCUGGAGCUGUCAUCGAGCCAAAUGAACCUGUAGAUGAGCCAGUGCGGUCAAAUUUUUCCUGGGACAUCCUUUACGACAACAACUUUCAACCAAACAAUGCUUUUCGUAUUGAAAGACCGGUGGUUGAAACUAAGCCAGCUGACGUGUUUAGGGAUUCAAGACGUCAAACGUAUGAGUAGGAGAGGCGCUUUAAAAAUGCAUGCUACAUGAGACGUACAUAAGUGCAUGGAACUAACAGAAUAUUCGAUCGAGCAGCGACUUUUACAAAGAAGCGUGUCUAGGCGAACGGGAUUCGGAUAUACGCUACACUGCGACGUAUUUUGUGUUUUGAUUCUUAUAGAAACAUGCAUUUCCCUUUUUACAACCGAGAUAUUAUUUGCUAGUCUAUUGGCUUGAAAAAGGGGAAAAUAUUUGUUCCAGAAAAAACACUGAUGAAAUGAUUAUAUCUGAACGAUUACGUGUUUUUUUACGUGUAUGUCGGUUAAGUGAGUUGUUUAUGUAUGAAGUGAUUUCGCAAAGGUGCGAUAACAUGCGGCUAUAUACUGAUGUCAAAACUAGGUAUAAGGACCUCAUACUGUUUUGUCGGUAAGCCGUGAAUCACUGCCAUUAUUCAUGAUUUCAGACAUUAAUAUGUUUGAAAUCCUUAUAAAACAUAGAUGAGCGCCAAUGGUCUCUAGGACGCAAUUGUAUAUAUGUUGUUGUUAUUUAUAUUGUUUUAUGCGUAUAUAAAUACAAUUUAUUUACAUUUAAUGAUUCCUUACAUACGAUAGUUGUUGAUAUGGUAUUAAUGGAUGUUAUCGGUAAUUAUGAUAAAAUUUCAACUAUUAAAUUAUAUACUUAGGAUAUAUUAUAUGUACACAUUUCAUUUGUUGUUCAAAUAUAUAAAGUUAAAAUCUAUUAAA